AUGGACCCACGGUCGCCGAGCCCAGAAUCCCAAACCCAGCCCGCGGCCCCCUCUCUGCUGACUUCCUACCGCUGGCACACAGGGGCCAGUGGGGAGAAGGGGACCAGAGGGUUCCGCUGGGGCCGCCUUGCCGGCUGGGGAAGGGCACUAAGCCACCAGGAGCCCAUAGUCAGCAGCCAGCCUGCCCCUCGCUCAUUAUUCCGUCGAGUCCUCUCUGCACCCCCCAAGGAGUCAAAGACCAGUCGCCUCCGGCUAUCCAAGACCCUCUGGGGGAGGCAUAAGAACCCAUCACUGGAGCAGGAUCUGGAGCCACAGAGCCUCCUCCUCUUCCUAGAGCCAGAGACAGAGCCGGAGCCCCCUGCCACACAGAUCCCUGAGGCCCCUACACCUGAUGUACCUGUCUGGGACAUUGGGGGCUUCACCCUACUCGAUGGGAGGCUGGUGCUGCUUGGGGGUGAGGAGGAGGGUCCUCGCCGGCCCCGGAUGGGAAGUGCUAGCUCUGAGGGCAGCAUCCAAGUGGCCAUGGGGAACCUCAGGGAUCCAGAUCGGAUCCCUGGGAAGACUGAGCCAGAGGCUGCUGGACCCAACCAGGUCCACAACGUUCGGGGGUUACUCAAGAGGCUGAAAGAGAAGAAAAAGGUCAGGUCGGAGCUGGGAGCCAAUGCUGCCCGGGAUGGACCCCCCAGUGCUCUGGGCUCUAGAGAAUCGCUGGCCACACUCUCGGAGCUGGACCUGGGCGCCGAGCGGGACGUCCGGGUCUGGCCACUGCACCCUAGCCUCCUGGGGGAGCCUCACUGCUUCCAGGUAACGUGGGCUGGCGGGAGUCGCUGCUUCUCUUGUCGCUCAGCCGCUGAGAGAGACCGCUGGAUCGAGGACCUUCGUCGCCACUUCCAGCCCAGCCAGGAUAACGUGGAGCGGGAAGAGACGUGGCUGAGCGUGUGGGUGCACGAAGCCAAGGGGCUGCCCCGGGCGGCGGCGGGGGCCCCGGGCUUACGCGCCGAACUGUGGCUGGACGGCGCGCUGCUGGCUCGCACUGCGCCGCGGGCCGGCCCAGGCCAGCUCUUCUGGGCAGAGCGCUUCCACUUCGAGGCGCUACCACCGGCGCGUCGCCUGUCGUUCCGGCUGCGAGGCUCGGGCCCGGGAGGCGCGGCGCUGGGCCGUGUGGCGCUGGCGUUGGAGGAGCUGAGCGUCCCCCGAGCUCCCGCCUCCGGCCUGGAGCGCUGGUUUCCUUUGCUCGGGGCGCCGGCGGGCGCAGCGCUCAGAGCGCGGAUCCGGGCGAGACGUUUGCGAGUGCUGCCGUCUGAGCGCUACAAGGAGCUGGCCGAGUUCCUCACCUUCCACUACGCGAGCCUCUGUGGGGCUCUCGAGCCCCUGCUACCUGCUCAGGCCAAGGAGGAGCUGGCAGCCGCCAUGGUGCGCGUGCUGCGGGCCACUGGCCGGGCACAGGCAUUGGUGACAGACCUGGGCACGGCAGAACUGGCGCGCUGUGGAGGCCGCGAGGCGCUGCUGUUCCGGGAGAACACACUGGCCACCAAGGCCAUCGACGAGUACAUGAAGCUGGUGGCACAGGAUUACCUCCAGGAGACACUGGGGCAGGUUGUUCGGCAUCUCUGUGCCUCCACUGAGGACUGUGAGGUGGACCCCAGCAAGUGCCCAGCCCCAGAGCUGCCUGAGCACCAAGACAGACUUCGAAACAGCUGCAAGGAGGUGUUCGAAACCAUCCAUUGCGUCUUCCACCCCAGCUGGUUCCCAGCAGAGUUGGGGACCGUGUUCUCAGGCUGGCGAGAAGCAUGCAAGGCACAUGGCUCUGAGGUGCUGGGCCCCCGACUGGUAUGUGCCUCCCUCUUCCUGCGACUCCUGUGCCCGGCCAUCCUGUCACCCAGCCUCUUUGGCCUGGCACCAGAGCACCCAGCACCAGGCCCAGCCCGCACCCUCACACUGAUUGCCAAAGUCAUCCAGAACCUCGCCAAUCAUGCCCCGUUUGGUGAGAAAGAAGCCUACAUGAGCUUCAUGAAUAGCUUCCUGGAGGAUCAUGGACCAGCCAUGCAACGCUUCCUGGACCAGGUGGCCAUGGUGGAUGUGGACGCCUCACCCAGUGGUUACCAGGGCAGUGGCGACCUGGCCCUUCAGUUGGCGGUCCUGCAUGCCCAGCUCUGCACAAUCUUUGCUGAGCUUGACCAGACAACCUGUGACAGCCUGGAACCGCUGCCCACCAUCCUGCGAGCCAUCGAAGAGGGCCGGCCUGUACCAGUGUCUGUGCCAAUGCGUCUCCCCAUGCCCCGAACCCAGGUCCACUCCAGCUUCUCUGCAGGGGAAAAGCCUGGCUUCCUGGCCCCACGGGACCUCCCCAAGCAUACUCCUCUCAUCUCCAAGAGCCAGUCCCUGCGCAGUGUUCUCGGCGCAGGGAGUUGGGCCCGGCCUCGGCCUGAAGAGGAGCGGCCCCUGCGGCGGUCCCGGCCAGUGCAGCGCACGCAGAGUGUCCCCGCCAGGCGCCCCACCCGUCGCCGCCCGUCUGCGGGUCCCCGGCCACGACCCAAAGGCUCUCUGAGCACAGGCCCCGCGCCCAGUGGCCGGCCCUGGACCAGGGUCUUUGCCUCACUUCCUCGGAAGCCGUCGGUGCCCUGGCAGCGCCAGCUGGACCAGCCGCGGGAUCGAGACCAGGCACUGGGCACGUACAGACCCGUGGGCCAGCUGGCAGAGCUGCAGUGCGAAGUGGCCGCGCUGCGCGAGGAGCAGAAAGUACUGUCCCGCCUCGUGGAGUCGCUGAGCACCCACAUCCGGGCCUUGACCGAGCAGCAGGAGCAGCUGCGGGGCCAGCUGCAGGACCUGGACUGCAGGCUCAUAGAGGGGACCUUGGAGUUGGCUCCAGAGCGCAGCCUGCCAAGCAGUGAUGGCCACAGGCUGAAAAGUCUGGAGCACCGCCUGACUGAGAUGGAGAGUACUCAGGCCCAGCUGAAGGAUGCUGUACAAGGUCUGCAGCUUCUUCCAAGGAUGCCUGGGUCCCAGAGCCAGCCACUGCCCCUCAAAGCACCAUGCAUCAAUGGAGACACCACCUGAUAGGUGUCCAUCCCACCCCACGUGGUCUGGGAGCAGAGAG